GUAAUGUCAGUACUGAACCUAACACUGUACUAGACACAUCACGCUCCUGCAGCGUGGAGAAAUCCGCCUUUCGUGGAACUCAGAAGGAAGAGAGGGGGUGUGAGGGGAGUGGGGGUGAAGAGCUUCAAGACAAAAUGCACUAUUGUUCCAUGAAAUUUGUCAUUUGGAUAACCGUGGCUGUAUUCACAACGCAGUCUGAGGCCAUAGAGGUGAUUUAUGGCCAGUUGGGGGGAUCUGUCACUCUCCCCAAAGAUAAAUGGGGAGGACAUAAGGUGUUGGUCCGCUGGUCCAAAGGAAACUCUGAACAUGUGUAUUCACAGGCGUCCAUGGGUGGCGUACCAUCAAUAGGCCAAGACAUGAAGGACAGGGUGUCACUCUCCAGGACUGAUUACUCUCUCAUCAUAAAGAACCUGAAACCUGAAGAUUUCACUAUCUUCAAGUGUGAACUAAGGGAGAACAGGUUAUCAACCUCAACCGAGUACAGACUGUAUCAGAUCACAGUCAUUGCCUCACCUGCCAUUCUCCUGGCCUCCCAGACUCUCUCUCUGAAAUGCACGGCAGAGAAAAGUGCAGUUCCGACAAAGAUAGAGUGGGGUGGCCCUCAGGCCCAGAAGGUCGAGGGCCCCAGAUUCCAGUCCAGUGGCCCAGAUCUGAGAGUGACCGCUGUCUCGGUGCGAGAUCAUGGAGUGUGGAUCUGCACAGUCACAUACGGCAACAGAAAAGCCACAGCCAGUGCCUCAGUCACCGUAGUAGACCUCUCUCCCUCUCCACCUCAGCCCCUCUAUCCGCCCCUGGGCUCCCUCACCCCUUCCCUCCUCCUCCCCUGCUCCCUGCACACCAAGUUCGACGCCUCAUCUCUGGCGAAGGUGGGGUUCAGAGGGGGCAGCUGGGCCUUCGCCCCGUUUUCGUCGGACGUCGAGCAGGUCGGCAAGGGGGAGCGCCUCCUCCUCCUCAGCCCCCAGCUGCGUUGGGAGACCCCGCAGGGCCAGAGAGUCAACGGCACCGCCCUGGAGACGGACACAUUUGGCACCAACCUCUCCAUAGCGCGGAAGGUGCCGGAGAACGGGGGGCUCUACACGUGCACGCUGGACUUCCAGGGCGGCGUGACGCUGAACCGGUCUCUGCGGGUGGAGGUUUUGAGAAUUGUGUCAUCUCAGCGUAACCCUGUCCUGGAGGGCCGGGAGCUCAACCUCACCUGCAGCCUGGGCCACUCCUCGCUCAACAACCUGACAGUGAAGUGGAUCGCCCCCCGCUCCUCCUCCGUCCUGUCCCUCCCCAACGCCACCCACCGGCUCCUCCUGUCCAUCCCCCGAGUGAGAGAGAAGGACAAGGGCACCUGGCAAUGCCAGCUGCUGCAGGACGGCAAAGUGCUGGCCACUGCGAGACUGAACCUGAAAACGGAGCGGGCCCCGGUGGACGUGUGGCUCCUGGUGUCCAUCGGCGGGGCGGCCGUCGUCCUCAUCCUCCUCCUGGCUCUCACUUUCAUUUGCGUCCGAAGGCACAGACAGCAGAGGAUGUUAAUGAGAAGACGACGCAAGCCCAAAUACUGCCGCUGCAAACACCCUCAAGUGAAAGGAUUCUACAGGAGCUGAGAGGCUGACUGACUGGGAGAUGGAGGUCCGUGUUCCUGUCAACACGAUGUCAUCAUAUACUGUAUAUAAUUGCAUAGUGUAUUGGUAUUUUUUAUAAUGUGCAUUUUGGUCCAGUUAACCGGUUGAAAUUGCCAAGUUGUCAACAUUAAGUAGAGUUGGAGGUGUAUGUAAUAAAUGUGUUAAUAUAUAUUGUAUAUAUAUUGUAUUCUUACUGUUGUUCUUUAAUGUCUGGAACCAAAUAAAUACUGAUUCUUUCAAAACCAUA